CAUUGGAAAACAUGGUCAAGCUUACCACCAUCACAAGCGCGAAUGCUGCAUUCACCAAACAGCAACACCUCACAGCCGUAUUCGUAGGAGCAACAAACGGCAUCGGCGAAUUCACUGUUCGCGAACUAUGCAAGACGCAUGGAAACUCUGGCUCAGGACUACGAAUCAUUCUCGUUGGCCGCAAUGCAACAGCCGCUCGCAAAAUAAUCGACGAUUGCAAGGCACUGUGUACAACUGCAGAAUUUCACUUUGUCCAGGCUGGUGAUAUCAGCUUGCUUAGCAGUGUAGACACAGCCUGCGAUGAGAUCAAGAAGAUCCUGGAAACGACGAAUUCCAAAGGAAUAGAUGUACUAACCAUGACCCAGGGAAAAGUAGAAUUCGGAGGACGGAUUGACACAAAAGAAGGCCUAGACAAAUCAAUGUCUCUACUCUACUACUCACGCAUCCGCUUCACCACAAACCUCCUCUCACACCUCCUCACCUCCACCCUCCCCACCGGCGCCAAAAUAAUCUCUGUAUAUGCAGCAGGUAUGGAAAAUCAAGGCCACCUACACACCUCCGAUCUCUCGCUCUGCCAACAAAAAAACUAUUCAUUCGCAAACUGCCGCACCCAUUGCGUCUACAUGAAAACCCUCUUUUUCGAACACUUGGCCGCCAAACAUGCUGAAAAGUUAUCGUUUUCGCACAUCUUUCCAGGUUUGGUCGUGCAUAAAGGCUUCGAUGAUCCAAAUUUUCCUUGGUGGUUCAAGAUUGCUUGGACAGCAGCAAAGCCAGUGGUAAAAUUCUUACCCAUGUAUCUUUCUGCAGAGGAGAUUGGACAGAGGGUACUGUAUCUCUGCACAGACAGGUUUCCCGCAAAAGGGACCUCACUCGAAAGCGCAGAAAUAGCGACGGCGACGAAUGGAGUCGUAGGUGGAGGUGCUUAUUCGCUGAGCUAUACAAACGAAACCAACGACAUUAGCAAGUUUUAUCAAAAGUUGCGGGAGGGAAAGUUUCAGGAAAGGGUUUUGCAGCACACGGAAGCGGUGUUUGAGGCUGUGGAGAAAAAAAGG